UUUUUUUUCUGCCCCAAGCUCCUCGUCUCCUUCUCCUCCUCCUCCUGCUUGCUCGCUUCUGGAUCGGUCCUUGUUGUGUUGUUUCGGUUGGUUUCUGGGCCAUGACGAAGCACGGCGCGCUGGUUGUGCCCGAGGACGCCGUGGUGGCGGCCGCGCGGCAUUUCUCGUUCCCGCCGCCGAGGACGGCGGGCGCCGGCGGCGGCGGCGGCGGGGGAGGCGACUCGUGCAGGAAGCUGGCGGCGCAGACGAUUGAUCUGGGCGCUGCCGUGACCGGGUCGUGGCUCGACUCCAUGAAGGCGUCGUCGCCGAGGCACAGGCUGAUGGCGCCCGCGGUGGCGACAGCCGCCGCCGGCGGGGACGCCGAGCACGACGAGUGGAUGGAGAAGCACCCGUCGGCAUUGGGCAGGUUCGAGGCGGUGGCGGCGGCGGCGAAGGGGAAGCGGAUCGUCGUCUUCCUCGACUACGACGGCACCCUGUCGCCCAUCGUCGAGGACCCCGACCGCGCCGUCAUGACGGACGAGAUGAGAGACGCGGUGCGCGGCGUGGCGGCGCGCUUCCCGACGGCGAUCGUCAGCGGCCGCUGCAGAGACAAGGUGCUCAGCUUCGUGAGACUGGAGGAGCUGUACUACGCCGGCAGCCAUGGGAUGGACAUCCAAGGGCCCACCCGCCACGAGGGAGGGGAGGAGGAGGAGGUGCUGUGCCAGCCGGCGAGGGACUUCCUGCCGAUGAUCGCGGAGGCGCACGCGGCGCUGGCGGCGAAGGUGGAGGCGAUACCGGGGGCGAAGGUGGAGAACAACAAGUUCUGCCUGUCGGUGCACUUCCGGUGCGUCGACGAGCGGCGGUGGGGCGCCGUGGCGGAGCAGGUCAGGGCGGUGCUCCGGGACUACCCGCGCCUGCGCCUCACGCAGGGGAGGAAGGUGCUGGAGAUCCGCCCGGCCAUCAAGUGGGACAAGGGCGAGGCGCUCCGCUUCCUCCUCUCCGUCCCCGCCUUCUCCCCCUCCGGCGGCGGCGGCGGCGACGACGCGUUCCCCAUCUACAUCGGCGACGACCGCACCGACGAGGACGCGUUCCGGGUGCUGCGGGCGAGGGGCCAGGGCGCCGGCAUCCUCGUGUCCAGGUUCCCCAAGGACACCUGCGCCUCCUUCUCCCUCCGCGACCCCGGCGAGGUCAAGGACUUCUUGCGCAAGCUCGCCGCCGCCGCCACCUGACCUCCUCCUCCUCAACACAGUGACACUAAUUGGCUUCUCCUCCUCUUCCUUCCAUGCCGCGCGGGAAGAGAGAAAGAAAAAUAAUUAAGACCCAUCUUGAUUAGUCAAUUAGCAGUUACUAAUCCGUGUAUUAAUCUUAGCCACUCCCUCCAUUUCAUUUCUUUGUUGCAUUUUUUGUGUUUCUUUGUACCGCCAUGCAUCUGGACGGAUCGAUGUCACAGGCCACACAGCUCUGAAGGUUCUCUAUUAUCCUAACCUUCCAGCAAUGGAGAGGCCUUGUAAUUUAGUCGUCCAUUUCAGCAGUUCGUGUCUGUCACUGAAACCGGGGAAGGAAGGAUCAAUAACAAGCAUAUUAAUUUUCGCCUAA